AAAAACUCAAACCUAACCCUCCAUUCAAUCCCAUCUUCGUCUUCAUCGGAUUGCCGAAGAGAAUGUCAACAAGCAGCACUAACCCUGCCCAGGGCCCGGACGUCGAUGGGCAGGAGAAUCCGGCGCUAGAGCUGGCGCAGUUUGCCGCCGGGUGCUUUUGGGGCGUGGAGCUGGCUUUCCAGCGCGUCGAGGGCGUUGUCAAGACGGAGGUCGGCUACUCCCAGGGCACCCUUGAUAAGCCAACCUACAAGGACGUCUGCAGAGGUGACACCGCCCACGCUGAGGUCGUCCGCAUCCACUUUGAUCCUUCUCUUUGCCCUUACACCACUCUUCUUUCCCUCUUUUGGUCUCGCCAUGAUCCCACCAUUCUCAAUCGCCAGGGUAAUGAUGUCGGCACUCAGUACCGGUCAGGGAUUUAUUACUACAAUGAGAAUCAGGCUAAACUGGCAAGAAAGUCACUGGAAGCAGAGCAAGUGGAAUUUGGCAACGAGAAGAUUGUCACAGAGAUCCUUCCAGCAAAGAAAUUUUAUAGGGCAGAGGAGUACCACCAACAGUACUUGGAGAAAGGGGGAGGUAGAGGACUAAAGCAGUCUGCUGCUAAGGGAUGUAAGGAUCCGAUACGAUGCUAUGGUUAACCUCUGGGUCGGUAACUUUGGUUUCAUUUUUACCUUAUGGGAUUAGAUCUUUAUAAUGAAGCAAAGGAUAUUUGAUGUGAAGGCAAUAAAGGGACAUUAGACUAGAAAAUCAUGCAUGCUUUCUCCUUGUAAUCUUGCUUUGAGAAUUCUGGUCUUUUAGUCACUGUUUAAGGUUAAAACCUUAAAAAUGAAAUUAAGGGAUGUUGAACACAA